ACGCACGAGACUGCCUAGAGGUCCGUCUCUGGCUGUUUCGCCUGAUCCUGGCGCAUUCUCUCUCGAUUCGCCUGCUCCAGGUCUAUUACGAUGCUCACUUCAUUGAGCAGAAACUGCGUCCCGUAAGCCAACACGUCGCUCUGUGAAUGAUCAAACACACGGACAUCUGUCUUGUCGUCUGCAGGGAACAGGCGAACAUACGGCACUCGGUCGAUAUCAAUUGAGGGAUGCUGCACAUCGUUGCGGGUCAUGUCCAUCUUAUAGAACUCCAGCGUCUUGACGUUUCGAAGUCGCUCGGCCAGCUGACGGAACUUGGCUUCAAACCGCUUGCAAUGACCACACCAUGGGGCGUAGAAGAACACGAGGACGUCAACAUUUGACGCCAUCACUUUGUGGUCGAACUGGCGACCAACCAACUGCCGCACCAGCGUAUCAUCACUCUCGUCAUAGGCCUCCUCGCUUCGCAGCCACGGUGAAAGCUUGCCGUCAAAAUAUGCCUGUGCGAAUGCUGCCAGGCUAUUAGGCGAGCACACGAGAUCAACGCGAGUCUUCAUGAUGUCGACGCCGAUGAGUCCUUCGCCGUGAGCCGGUGCCUCGAGCAAAUAUUUUCGAAAUCUCGCACGUCUCUCGAGGAUCAAGGCGAAAGGGGCAUCGGUCUCUGGAUCAUCACCUGGCAGACAGAAUACGGGUGAGGGUGUUGCCCACUGGAAAUCGUCUCGUCCUGCCUGUCUAUCGUCUGUCUGUCUGGCCGCCUGUCUGUCUGUCGGUCUCUGUCUGUGUCUGUGUGCCUCUCAGGCUAACGGAGAAGGGAGCGGAAAGAGGCGAGGUUGUCAAUGCUGACGUAGACGUGCAGGAUUUGCUCUGCGCGGAAGACGUAGGCGACAUGCUCGAGUGCUGGCAUACGCACAAACAAAUCCACGCGCACAGCACAAACUCACGUGUGUGCAUGUCACGUCACGUGUGUGUUUGUCAAAUCACAUACCAGUCUCGCAUCUCAGUGCGUAGUCUGCUUCUGCAUCGUAGAACAUCAACAGGAGGGUUUUGACGCGGUCUCUCUUGAUGGCAUUCUCCGUCUCAGGCGUCCAGUCGAAUAGCCGCAUAGCGCGUCGAAGGCGUCGAUUACUCUCCCCGCUUUCUGACAGCUGAGUUCUCUCCUUCAACUCACUCGACCCCAAUGGCUGGGUCUCAUUCGUGCCCUCCUGGCCACAGUCGCUACUGCCACUCUCUUCGCCGACGGUCUCAUUAACAGAGCCAUUGCCCAUGGGCUUCGUUCGGGGAAAGGCUUCGGAAGAAAGCAAACUUCCAAUAAAGAAAACCGCUGCGAAACGCGGCCGCAUGGUCAUUCGCUGCGUUAGAGGCAUCAACGCAUGACGAGGUCCCCCAGCUAC